UUGUGGUGAUUGUUAAUGGAUGUUAUAUUGUGGUCUGUUCCUAAUAGUCACUUAAUUUCAUAUGAUAAAAAUAUAAUCUCAUUGCACCUUUAUAUUGUGCAGAGGGAGAUUAAGGAUUCUCGUCGAAAAGCAGCAGUAACGAAAAUAAAAGCUGCGGUUGGAUUUCGACAUGUUAUCGAUCUUCUUUCCACUGAAAGAAAGCUGAUUGUUGGUCACAAUUGCUUUCUUGAUAUGGCUCACAUAUACAAAAAAUUUAUUGGUCCUCUUCCUUCGGCAGUCGAAGAAUAUGUCUUAGAGGUUCAAAAGCACUUUCCAUACAUAGUUGACACAAAAGUACUGCUGAAUUCAGAUAGCAGUUUUUUGCAUCUUGUGAAGAAAGGCAGCACAUCACUUUCCAAAGCAUUUACCUUACUGUGUCCGCAAAUUGCAUCUCCCAGUAUCUCAAGCAUUGUUUUGGCAGAUAAACCACGUAUUAAAGUGGAGGUUCAUGUGGAUAAUAAGAGAUUCUCAAAUUGGAACUCUGGAGCCAAGCAUGAAGCUGGAUAUGAUGCUUUUAUGACAGGAUGUGUUUUUGCUCAGGCAUGCACUGAUCUAGGAAUUGAUUUCAGUCGUCAUGAACCAGAUGUCAAUUUAGUAGACAAUGAGAAGCUCCAGAAGUAUAUCAAUCAUCUGUACCUUAGCUGGAUAAAUGGAGACAUUAUUGAUCUACGAACGGGGAAGUUUCCUGCGGACUCUUUAAGUUCUACUAAUCUUAAGCAACGGUAUCCAAAGAUUUUGUUUUCGAAUAUAGUUAUAUUGUGGGAUCUACCGUCAAAGCUAAGGGCAAGAGAAAUAAAAGAAUGUAUGUCGAAAGUUUUUGGCGUUGAUUCUGUGACCUCAGUUUUCCACUUGGAUGAGACUGCAGCCUUUGUUCAGUUAAGCAAACAAGAAUUUGUCUCUCGUUUACUUGAAUUGAAGGACACCUUAGAACAAAAGUAUGAUCCGAUUUCAGUUUUGCAUCCCCUAGCUAAGAUCUUGGAAGGAGGACGUACUCGUGCUGCCAGUUAUGAAAUAUAUAAAGAGAUUUGCAGUUCCCCCAUAUCUGAGUUUCUAUUUUCUGAUCAGGCUGAGGCGGUGGGAAUUGAAUGGAGAACCAGACUGCUAGAACCCAUUGUAGAAGUUGCAAAUCAGGGAGACAAGAUUUCUAGUUUUUCUCAAGACAGAAGAGAGACAUGCCCUAGAAAUAAUGCGACGGGUCCUCCAUCAAGAUGCCAUUUUCCAUCUGAAGAACUCGUAGAUUCCUUUUAUCCAGUUCAAGCUCAGCUGAGCAAAUAGUGUAGAUUUUUAUUUUUUGUUUCAAACUUAUACAGUAAUUUAAUUCCUUGUUGAAAUUAUGUUUGGCUAGCAUAAAGGAUCCUGGAUCUGUUCUUUAUAUCAACGGGGACUUGUAAAUGAACUGAAACUAGAAAGAUGUCUUUUUGUUUCUCAAUAUUGGAAAAUGAAAAUUUUGCCAUUUAUGACA